GUCGUCUCCAAUAGAAAUCCGGAAUUGUCUCUUUCUGCACACUGAUUGGACGAGCGGUUUGCCGGGGUGGGACCUGGCAAACGCUAGAGCUUUACGAGGAAGUGGUGACGGCUAGGGCGGUGGCUGUGACAUCACACCGCAGACCGUCCAAUGACAGCACUCGGAUCAUGGCUGUGGGUGGGACACCACGCAGGGCGGAUCAAUGAGGAGGAGGGACAACCAUGACAAAGUGGGACGGGGCGGGAAGGCGCUGCAGCCGGCGGAAAGGAGAGAGGACAGGGAGCAUGCUGUGAGGGAUGAAACAGUGGGUGAGACAGGGGGUGCUGUGGCCCUGCUGCCUGUCUUCCUGUUCCCCACAGAGCUGGUGUUCUACUCUGAACAGAGGAGCUCCCACCGCAGAGUGUUGACACUGUACAACCCCUACAGCUUCAGCAUCAGCUUCAAGAUGCUUUGUACUGCUCCCUCGCUCUACAGAGUGGUGGAGGCAGAGGGCAGCGUUCGAGCCAAGUCAUGCAUUGACCUGGUGGUGCGUCACCUGGACGUCUCCCUGCAAAACCUGGGUCGCAAAGAUCAGUUCCGCAUGGAGGUCAGAGGAGGAGGCCAGGUGGGAGUCAGAGAGAUCUGGGCUGAGCUAAAAGGAGGAGAUGAGGGAGGAGAGGAGGAAGAUGAAGAGGAGAAGAGGAGGAAACAAGGAGGCAAGAGGGAGAAGAGGAGGAUAGAGAGACAUCAGAGGGCACUGUCGGCUCUGUCUCCUCUGCUGGUGCCAACACAAACACGCCUACAGUUGCCAACCUGUACAGCUGUGCGCAGUGUGUCUCAGGGGGUGCUGUGUGUGUUGUUGGCAUUGUUGUGUGUUACAGUGUUGAUGCUCCCCCUUCAAACUGAGAGAAGCUCGCUGGUUCCACGCUGGCUGCACGUCUCCACCAAUCAGAAGCUGGCCUGCGCCUACACACUGGGUCUUCUUACCGUGAUGUUUCUACGGUAAUACUCCUGUUGCUGCCGCCUCUGAUUUAAAACUGCGUCUAGCCACCAUGGUAACUGCAGACAUCAAUCGCCUGACCUCUGACCUCAGAGCCCCAUCCACGUUGGGACCACACAGAAACAGACUGUGUUCAUUAUCUCAGCACACACAGGAAUGUAGUCCAACAGUUGAAUGAGGACAUGAAGUCUUGGUCCGAUUAGAUUGUUAAUCAGCACAGACUGGCCGCUCGUAGCUUCUGCUCAGGUAUUAGAGCAGAAUCAGUCUUGAAUGUCACAAGGUGGUUAAGGUAGAGAUGGUUGUUUAUCUGUGUUAACAUUUUUUUAUUGUUAUCGGCCUUUAAAGGAGAAACAUGCAUCAUCAGAUGAACCUGUUUAACCAAUCUGAAUAAAGUGUUGCUUUGACAGCA